AUGCAGUCGUGGAUGAGCUGGGCCACCUUCCUGGCCAUUCUGGCCGCCGGCUACUUUUACUACGGCCCGAAGCUCACGGGCGACACUAGAGGCCGCUCUACAGCCAACAAGACAACCACUAGCUCGAAGGCAGUGGACUGGGAAGAUUCGGACAGCAAGCCAAAGGCAGUUGCGAAACAGGCGAAGAAGCAGGCCAAGGCCAAGGCUCCUCGCAAGAAGUCAGUUCAGGAAACUGUCCAGGAGGCCGGCGACAAGAUCAAGGCCGAGUUCGACGCCGCCACCGCUGGUGCUCCUGCCAGCGACGACUCCUUGUCUGCCUCACCUGUUCGCGCUGCCCCGAAGAUCCCCAGUGGCAAGGAUGUCUCUGACAUGCUCCCCUCUGCCGCCUCCGUCGCCAACGUACUGAACAUCAAGACCUCUGACAAGCCCACAAAGACCUCCAAGCCCAGGGCACAGAAGGUCGAGACUCCUCAGGAGACCAAGAAGCAGCGCCAGAACCGCCAGAAGAAGGAGGCAGAGAAGGCUCAGCGUGAGGAGGAUGAGAACGCGCGCCAGGUGCUCCUCGAGAAGCAGCGCCGCACCGCUCGUGAAGCUCGUGGAGAGCCCGCAAAGAACGGUGUCUCCGCUAAGCUACCUUCCAACAACCCCUGGGCCGGCCAGUCUUCCGGCGGUGCUGUCCAGGCUCCCGCCGCUUCUACCGGCCAGCUUCUUGACACCUUCGACGGUGCUUCUACUGCUAGCUCCAUUGCAACCAAUGGAGCCGACAACUCGCCUGACACUGCCAACGGUGGCAACUACAAUGGUCUGCCUUCCGAGGAGGAGCAGCUGAGGUUGGCUAUGGAGGACGACUCGGCCUGGACCACUAUACCCAAGAGUGGCAAGAAGCAGAAGGCAGCCAUGGUCAACGAGGAGGCACACACUUCCGGCGCCGCUGCUGUCCAGGCCGUCAAGGUUGCGCAGGCUCCCCAGGUCAAGAAGACUGAGAGCCGCGCUCCCAUCUCGAGCUCGCGCUACGGCAUCCUCUCUGAGCCUUUCACUACCACUGAGAAGGACUCUGACUGGCCUGUCAUGUGA